AUGAGAAUCCGAGACCUCGUCAUUAUCGGCGUCUCCUUCGUGUGCAGCAUCAUCUGCUGGUCACAGGAAGGCUCGCUCAACUUUCAGCGGGGAUUUAUGAUUCCCAUCUUGGACAAUGAGCUCACGGAGGUGGUCAUGCCGAAGCCGAUUCUGGUGGACCCAGACGGCUCAGGGUCCCGCGUUCUCCUGAGUUCUACCACUGUUGGCUACCUGAACAUCUACAACACCUAUUACACGCGCCGACGCAUCGAUGGCAGUUUUGUGCGCCUCAAUCCCUCUGCGGAGCUGAAUGUGUACACCCCUAUCGUCGGUAUCGGCGCCGGCUACACGGAGCUGAACAGCAGCAUUAUGCUGUGCGCUGUCGUCACGGAAGACUAUCAGCUCAUGGCGGUUUCUAUCCACACUCCCUCGCCCAGUGUUCUGUGGAAGUCCCAGCUCGUGGCGCCUCAGUACUGGAGCGAGCUUACUCACGCCUCCAUCUCUAUUGUCCCAGAGCGCAACUGGGCUGAAGAUGUCGGCAUGAUCGCUGUGGCCGCCAAAGUUGUGGACGCGUCAGGUGUAGAGAUGAUGAUGUACUCCGCGUUUGACGCCAAGACAGGGGCGCGGCGCUGGGUGUACUUCUCUGACGGGGGCAACGAAAUGGACGACGUGGUGCGCGAGGCAGACAACAACGGGACAGAGACAGACAACGGCCUUACAGAGUUGCGCUUGCUUGACCGCGAGGGUGCAGCCAAGGGUGGCACCGAUCAGCACGAUUACUUGCUAGGGAGGAAGUACGAGCAGCCGUGGACCACAUUCCGUGAGUCUGUGAUGGCUUCCAUGCCGCAUCGCUACGCCCACGUGUGGGAUGCUCAGUUGUACCCGCACGUUUUCUAUCGAGCGAAGGCGAAGCGGAAGGUGCGCUCUAGCAGAGGUAAGGCAGAGCGACGGACUACAUUUCAGUACAACGACCGGGUGGUGCAUAUGGAAACGGACGAUGAAGGCAACAUGGGAGACAAGCUGUCGGCGUUGGCACUGUCACUCAGGCAAUCCACUCAAGCCUACCCCCCAAAAAAUGCAACGCGGCGGCGCCUUCGCCCGUCGAACGUUUUUGUGUUUCAUGGCGAGCACGGCGUAGAGGUGGUCCACAUGUACACGGGAAGUACAGUGACAAGCGUAAUGCCGCUGAGGGCUGGUGGAACGUGCUACGAUGACAUCAACGACGAUUUGGUGCUCGAGUCUGUCAGCACCCAGAUAGGCCCCCGCUCCAUCGUGUACGCCAAACACGGGAUUGACCUGGCGUAUGACUGCCUUGGCAUAAUCGAGGCCGGGGCGCCGUCAUCUGCAGAUGAACUUUUCAAUGCCACCGUGUGCGAUACACAGGGCCUCUUCGGCAACCUCGACCUCAUUCACCACUUCGUUGACGGUGACAUCCGGGGCGAGGAGGCGCCGCGCGCGCUCAACACACUGGAGCUUCUGGGAAGCCGCAACGUUGUCUCCUCCAUGACGCGUGCAACUCCGCCUCUGAUUCUGCAGGUUCAGCAGAACAUGGGAGCCGGUCUACAGCAGGUAGAACGCUACGCUGCAUUUAUGAUUGACACCGGCCUCGUAACCUGCAUUGACCCGUCGCGGAGGAGGGUGCUGUGGCGGGCUCAAACAGGCGCACGCUUUGCCCCAUCUCCAUCUGACGACAUGGCGGAGGCGAGGAAGAGCCGCUAUCAUGUGAAUAGGGACGUGAAGCCGUUCCCGCAAAUGGUGCCGUACUCGCUCAUGCAGAAGAACCGCGAAACCGACGUGACGUUCGUCGGUGGAGGAAAAGAGUCCUUCCGCCGCGUCGACACCUACGUUCUCGCAGUGGGCGAUGCUGAGCUCUCCGUCAUCAAGACAAAGAACGGCAAGGUAACUAGCUCCAUUUCGUUGACGGAGCCGCCGGUGGCGCCGGUGCUCGUAGUAGACUUCAACGGUGACGGCACAAACGACCUCAUUAUAGUGUCGAAGUAUCACAUUUUUGGCUUUGUGGGGAGCUCUCGGGCGUCGUCCGAAACGAUUGCCGCACUGAUGCUUUUGCUGGUAGGACUUCUUGGCAUUUUGUUUGCCGUUCGCGAAAAGAAAAUUGCGGAGGGCGACGGAGACGAUUAUACGCUGCCCGUGCACACAGGCGACAAGGUGCAACGUAAUAAGACCUUCAAGCGCUCCACCGACUAA